GGGUCAUAAACUGGACAGCAGUAGAAAAAGUCAGUACGAGAAAUCAACAAGAUUACAUAAAAAGGGAUCAAAUAUUUCCCUCCAAUUUCUCAACUAUAAUUCUGCAAUUCUUCCAAUUUUCCCUCCACUUCCUCAAACCCUACUUCGCUUCUCCCACCCUCUCUCCGACCCCACGCCCCCACCCUCUAACACUACUCUUGUUCGCUCUGCUGAUUAUAUGUUGAAAUGGCUCAACCCGGAGGAAAGAACGAUACAUGGAACGAGCCGAAUGCGAGUUAUUCUGAUGCCAAUUUGACCGAUGAUGAAACACAGCCUGUUGAUAGUCAAUGUUUCGCAAAAGGUGGUGAUGCCAAAGGUGAGGAGGCUCAUAAUUGGCUAAAGAUGCAAAACACUUUGCCUGUUGAUAAUCUCCUUCAGUGUACAGAUGGUUUUGAGACUCAACCAAUAAAUCUUUAUGGUGAGACCCAAGUACUAGACACACAGGUAGUUGAGAUUAGUGGUGAAACACAAGUAGUUGAGAUUGGUGGUGACACACAAGUUGUUUAUGACCAUGAUGGUGUGGAGUAUAUCCAUACUCAGUUGUUAGAUGAGUGCAACUCUGAAGUCGCAACUGAUAGUGAUUGUGAAGGAAGUGAUAGAACUGAGAUUUUAUAUGAAACUCAAGAGAUAUCUGAUGAUGACUUAAAAGACAACGCAAUGUCUGUGAGCGGCUUGAACUUGCAAAACACUAGUCUUGUUGAAGAAGCUGACUCUGGUUACAAGGUACGAUCAGAUGCUCUGAACAAAGAGAAGCAUCAUUCAGGACCUGUGCAUGGAGGCUUUACUUCUAUUCGUAUUGCAUCUAUGCGGGCCUCUGGUCUGGCUGCUCAGAGCAUGGCUCAAAUUAGAACCACUGGUGAUUCCAAUAAGAGUAACGGUUCGUUAGAGCUGCUAACUACCAAGCAAGAUGUGCCAUUUGUCUCAGGAGAUUUCUCAAAUGUGGAGAGAGAAGUUAGCAAGGCACAUGGUUGGGAAGAUAAUGCCAAACAGAGUAAAGAUGUAGGGAGUGAAAAUAGGUGCAAGCUUGGUAGCUCAGCUGUGAGGCGACUUUUCACAGAGGAUACACCAGAUGAAAUUGAAAAGCCAGAAGAUGGGAAUAAUCAUGCUGAAAAUGGAGCAGACUUGCCUCAGAUGUUUGAUUCUCAAAAUGCAUUGGCUGGGUUAAGUUAUCUUGGUUCUCAAGAACCUGGAGAUGAAUCACAGGCUAAUGCACUUGAGAUUGUUGACAGGUUUCUCAAGUUUAAUGCAGUUGAGUACGAUCAAGACAUUGACUUGGGAAAGUCAGUUGAAAAAUCAGUGUCUGUUCCCAGUGCAAAAGGGACAAAGAGUUUGGCCCAGAGAGCCACUAGAAGCACACAUGAAGUUGGUGGCAUUUUUGAUUGGGAUGACAAUCGUGAGGAUGAAGGUGGUGGGGAGUUUUUCCAAAAGAACAAGGGUCUUUUAUUUGACAAAAAAUCUUCUACUGUCCCACGGAAGCCUAGACGCCUUGACACUGACUGUGUAGGCAAAGUUGAGCUUCCAGACUCUUGCAAGAAGAAGAAAGAUUUUUCUCGCUCUAAUUCUAGGGAGAAGUCAAAUAUCAUGAGAUUGAACAAUGAGUCAGAAAAUCCAAAAUCCAGGAAUAUUUUUAUGAAGGAGCUUAACAAGCAGCUGAUUGAUAUGUAUGAAAAUGGAGUGGUUGAUAAUAAAACUGCCAAUGAUGUCCCUGACAUACCAGAUGUUGGUUUAGAUACUCAAAUGGCAGCUGAAGCUAUGCAAUCAUUAUGCUUUGGCGGUUCAUUGAAUGAACAUCAAUCCAUCACUGCAGACUUACAGAAUGGUUCUUCAAAAAGUGGAGCUAAUAAUGAGAGACAGCUUAGGCAAAGCUCCUCAAAGAAAAGAAUCCGUUCUACUCGACCUGCCACAAGACAGUCCCUGAAAACAGAGCGAACGGUUGCUACAUCAGUAAAAAGUUCUGAAAAUUCCAAGAAGCAAUGUGAUGGAGAAUUGCUAGAAACAAAGAGGAUUAGGUCAAAUGUUAGAUUACAACAUGCUCAAAAGAAAAAUAGAACAGAAGAAUCGAAGGAAGAAAGUGCUAACAGAGUUAGCAACACGGAUGAUUUUGAUAGAAGUCUCGGUGCUCCAUCAAAUGGUUGUAGGUCUUUAAAGAAAAGACCUUUUCAUGAGCAGCUUGGCUCGCUGACACCUGUUGCUAAUCGAACCAGGCAGCGCAUCGUAACAAAUAACCAAAAAUUUACUGGAAACACUUCAGAUAGCUCUCCAGAGGAGAUUAAUGAUCUGCACAGUGCCUUUACUUCUGAUAAAAGUCUGCCAGGUGAUGAUGCUUGUAAGGCUAGCACCAAAGAUGAAUUUGUUACUAAACUUGGAAAUAUGGAUUCAGCUAUGUUUAAGAGUGAUCAAAUGGCCCAUCCUAAAGGAAUAAGAAGUCGUCGGACACGGGCGUCAAUUGCACGAGAAAACUAUAAUCAGUCUAAUACAAGGUCAAGCAGAACAAUUACUAAUGGGAAUGCUCCUGUGGAUUUGAGUUUAAGAAAAAGAAGGCAUCUGACUGAAGAAAAUUUAAUGCACAAAUGUUCAGAGAAUGGACAUGCAGAGGAUCCUAACAUUAAUGAUGCUGCAGAUGAUAUAGGUGGUGCUUCAAUUCCAAAUAAUAUAGUCAAUGCCAAGGCUUCAAAGAAAUGCACUAGAAAAAGCAUCAUACAAGGAAGAAAAUCUGUUGAUGCAAUUAAAGAAAAUGGAGUAGAAGCAUCACCAAAGGAUCAAUCUAAAACAUCAGCUUCUCCAAGCACUACUCCUAUCAAUUGUAUGACACCUAGGAAUGAGGCAUCGCCUAUAUGUAUGGGUGAUGAGUAUCGUAAACGGUCAUGCAGGAGAAGUAUGUCAGGAUCAUCACUUAUUAGAGAAAUUAAUUCAUUACAUACUGUCGGUCUGCCAACAGCAUCCAGUGUGAAAGAUUCAAGGAGGCGGAGAGAAAUGACAAAUGUUCGAGUCUUGUUCAGCCGCCACCUAGAUCCAGACAUAACCAAACAGCAAAAGAAGAUUUUGACUCGCUUGGGGGCUUCUCUUGGAUCCUCUAUGUCAGAUGCCACUCAUUUUGUGACAGAUGAAUUUGUACGCACAAGAAAUAUUCUGGAAGCUAUUGCUUUUGGGAAACCAGUGGUGACACACUUAUGGCUUGAGAGUUGUGCACAAGCUUGCUGUCUUAUAGAUGAGAAGAAUUACAUAUUGAGAGAUGCCAAAAAGGAAAAAGAGUUUGGCUUUAGCAUGCCAAUUUCAUUAGCACGAGCAAGCCAACAUCCACUUUUACAGGCACAUAGAGUCUUUAUCACCCCAAAUACAAAGCCUGGUACAGAAAUAUUAGCAGGUUUGGUGAAGGCAGUUCAUGGUUUGCCAAUUGAGAGAUGCGGAAGAUCUGCUAUGAAGGAUGUGACUUUGGCAGAUGAUAUUUUAGUUUUGUCUUGUGAAGAUGACUAUGAUCUCUGUGUGCCUUUUCUUGAGAAAGGAAAAACAAUUUAUAGUUCAGAGCUUCUACUAAAUGGGAUAGUUACUCAGAAACUGGAGUAUGAAAGGUAUCAACUAUUCACAGACCAUUUCAAGAAAACACGCUCAACAGUUUGGAUGAAAAAGAAUAACAAUCAGAAUUGCCCUGUGACAAAAUCAAAGUCUUGAUUAUGAUUUCUUGCAUUCUAGGUUUUGAGUGCAGAGUUUUCCUGUCCAUAGGCCGUGUAGAUUUUACUUGUGUUUUGUGUGUUGAUUGUUGAGUCUGUAUAUGCUAAAUUAUUUGUGUCUUGUAUGUAGCUACGUGUAGUCUGUAGUUUAUUUUUCCUGAGCAAAAUUUUCAAUAAAAAGUUCUCAGGGUUUAUAUAGAGUACUUUUCAAUAAA